AUGAAUGAUACCACCAACGACCGCGAUGAAUCUGUCCAGGCCACUUUACGAGGCUUCGGAGCCGGUGAGGAUGCUUAUGCCGCCGAACUUGGUCAACUUGCUGGCCAACUGAAGGCUGCAAAGGCUUCUAGUGAUUGGACCUUGUCUUGCCUUAUAGAGCAGGCCGAGGCGGCUCUAAUUGCCCAUCAAGCUACUGUGACUGAUGCCCAGAAUCGCGAAGAAGGCCAUCGUACUGAACUUCGAUCCUUGAAGGAGAAACUCGAUUGCCUCGAAGGCGAUUCUAGCCGCCAUUUUGAUGACAUGAAGGCCACAAUCAAUGAGCUCCGGUUGACCAACGGUCAUUUACAGAACUCGUACCGCUCGCUCCUUAAGAUGCACACCACUAUGCGUGUCGAGCAUCAAAGCCUGACGAGGAUCAACCAAGGUAUCCAGUCUGACUGCGACCGCCUCAGAGCCAACUGCAAUGAGCUGCAAGCUACCUGCUCUGUGCUUGAGAACCUCCGCGAUGGCUUGGCCCUGGAAACAGAACAAAAACGGGGUGUAAUUGAAGCCCUCGCAGAGUUCGCUCGGUGUGUCGUAUGCACCUCAUUCAUGACCCGCCCAUGCGUGGUCGAGUGUGGUCAUGUCUUUUGCUCCGCUUGCGUCGAGACUUGGUUCGACACCCGCGCCACCUGUCCUCUGUGCCGAGGGGCCAUGACUGAAGGCCGACCCAUUCUUGGGUUCUCCGAGAUCAUCUCAAAGAUGGUUACUGCCCAUACCGAGUAUCGAGACAGCCUUUGA